CCUCCCUCAUCCUGCGGGCGUCCAGCCUCCCGCACCCCGCGCCCUCCGGCACCCCGCGCUGGGUGGGACCCUCUUUGCCCUCUCACCUCUUUCCCGGCAGACCCGUUGGGGUCUGGGCUGAGAUCGCAGCUAAAAUGGCCUCGGGCGCCUUCCGUGUAUCCCAGGGCUUUUCGGAGUCCUAACUUAUAUCUGUUAGUUGACUGGCUUUGGGAUCGUGGCGGGUCACUAAAAGACACCGCGAGCAUCAGUUAGUUGUCUUAACUGUUAAGACGGGAGUAACAGCCUCAGCUCCACGCCGGGGGCGACCUGAGACGGUAGCUGGCUCACUUUGCAGGUGCAUCCCCGGGCGCUUAGACUUACGACCCCGGGUCCGCAGCUCUCAUCUGCUCUUUGGCAGCACAGAACAGCUGGGAGGAGCUCUGAAAAGCUUCACCCCAGUCUGCUGAAGCCCUAAGGCUGGCACCAUGGACUUCCAGCAUCGGCCCGGGGGCAAGACCGGGAGUGGGGGCGUGGCCUCCUCUUCUGAGAGCAACCGUGACCGGAGGGAGCGCCUCCGGCAGCUGGCCCUAGAGACCAUCGACAUCAACAAGGACCCCUAUUUUAUGAAAAACCACUUGGGUUCAUACGAAUGCAAACUCUGCCUGACGCUGCACAACAACGAGGGGAGCUACCUCGCACACACCCAAGGAAAGAAGCACCAGACCAACUUGGCCCGGCGAGCAGCCAAGGAGGCGAAGGAGGCCCCUGCCCAGCCUGCGCCCGAGAAGGUCAAGGUGGAGGUGAAGAAGUUUGUGAAGAUCGGCCGCCCGGGCUACAAAGUGACCAAGCAGAGAGACUCGGAGAUGGGCCAGCAGAGUCUCCUCUUCCAGAUUGACUACCCCGAGAUCGCUGAGGGCAUCAUGCCACGCCACCGCUUCAUGUCCGCCUAUGAGCAGAGAAUCGAGCCCCCCGACCGGCGCUGGCAGUACCUGCUGAUGGCCGCGGAGCCCUAUGAGACCAUUGCCUUCAAGGUGCCCAGCAGAGAGAUUGACAAGGCCGAAGGCAAGUUUUGGACUCACUGGAACAGGGAAACCAAGCAGUUUUUCCUCCAGUUCCACUUUAAGAUGGAGAAGCCCCCGGCUCCACCCAGCCUCCCCGCUGGGCCUCCCGGGGUGAAGCGGCCCCCACCCCCACUGAUGAAUGGGUUGCCCCCGAGACCACCGCUGCCUGAGUCCUUGCCGCCACCCCCACCAGGAGGCCUGCCUCUGCCACCUAUGCCUCCCACGGGGCCUGCACCCUCAGGGCCCCCAGGACCUCCCCAGCUGCCCCCACCAGCCCCUGGGGUCCACCCCCCAGCACCAGUGGUCCACCCUCCCACCUCUGGGGUACACCCCCCGGCUCCUGGGGUACACCCCCCAGCACCAGUGGUACACCCUCCCACGUCUGGGGUCCACCCCCCAGCCCCUGGGGUCCACCCCCCGGCACCAGUGGUCCACCCACCAACAUCUGGGGUCCACCCCCCAGCUCCCGGGGUCCACCCCCCAGCUCCUGGGGUCCACCCACCAGCCCCAGGGGUCCAUCCUCCAUCAGCUGGUGUUCACCCCCAGGCCCCUGGAGUGCAUCCCCCAGCUACUGCAGUUCACCCCCAGGCCCCGGGGGUACACCCACCAGCCCCAGGGAUCCACCCCCAGCCUCCUGGGGUCCACCCUUCAGCUCCUGGGGUACAUCCUCCAACUCCUGGGGUCCACCCCUCCGCUCCAGGAGUCCACCCCCAGCCCCCUGGGGUCCACCCCUCAAAUCCUGGAGUGCACCCCCCAACUCCCAUGCCUCCCAUGCUGAGGCCCCCACUCCCCUCCGAAGGCCCAGGGAACAUACCACCUCCUCCCCCAACCAACUGAAGAGCUGCCCCCUGGCCCAGCACCCCUGGUGUUCUGUGUUCCUGUGUUUUCCCAUGAGAAGUCCCGUUUUUGUACUGUCCUGAGCUCAUUAAACAGCCUCCCCUGUG